GAAAUAAUUCCUAUCAUUGCUAAGAGCCUAAGCUACCUACCUAUAAACGACGUCUGCUUCACACAUAAGUACCUAAUAUAGAUUAUGACUACGCCUUCACAUCCCUUUAAUAACAUAUCGCCCUAGUAAGUAUUGGUACAUGACGCAAUUCUCAGACCUCGAAGAAUGGAAAGCUGUCCAAAAAACAUGUCAUCUUGUUCAUUCAGCUGUUCAAGAUGCGAUUGGAUCCUUGCCGCAUUCGAGCGAGGACAUGGCUUACCUCAACUACCUGAAUGAUCUGUCUCAAGAAGUUCAGAUGAUUGAUAUCUCAGUGCCACUGGGCGUCUAUCUUCCUACGGCGGUCGUAGACCAAUGCAAAACCCAGCUGGAAAGCCUCCUUCGACUCUUCAAGCAACUCCCGGGCAUACUUAACCUUACAGUCCCAGAUGCGACCAGAAUCCGUUCUGCUAUUGCGCAUAUCACAGACACCAAUAGAUUCUUUACCUCCCUCGGUCGGACCACUACAUCCUCAUCCUCUUUCGCAAAUGCUCCCGCUGAGCGUAAUCUUGCAAAGGCGGAUAAUACCAUCCAAGUGUUCACGGAAGGUGUUCUAGAUAAGUUAUGUUCAUUAUUUUCAGAGUGCUCGUACCAGUCAGAUCAUCGGAUGAUGCUACGAUUUUCUGGAUUACGAGGCCUUGAUCCGACGCUCACUACGACGUUACAUCUCCUUCUCAAUUCGUGUGAGGGCUAUUCGGCACGUACAGAUCUUUGGCAAUAUAUUACUUGUCGCUACCCUACUAUUGGUGAUGCGCAAAAUCCAGACGGCCAGUUGAAGAUAUUACAAGACCUUUGCAAAAACAUUCACUUCCACCUACAUAUCAAUGAAAGUCUGCAACUUCGCCUGAUUAAUGGGCAAGUUUUCUAUUCGAACAAUGCUGAUGGUAAAUUCACGUUGGACAAUUCGGUUCCGGGCAGUUCACUACAUGACCUGUUGAAAAAAGGCUACUUCCUACCACUCACUUGGAGUUCAACUAACCGACUCACUACUUGGGAGAAACGCAGUCUGGCAUUGGACCUUGGGCUUGCAUUCAUGCAUCUAAUUGACUGCAGGUGGACUCGGCACAGAUGGAAGACAAGAAGCCUGCACUUUCUACACCCCUGGACACUUCAUUGCCGCGAUUCUCUUCUCCAAACCCCCCCAUACCUAGGGUGCAAUGUGUCCGUAGCAAGUUCAACCAAUGAAGAAGACCACGAUACUCUCUUUCCUGGUCAUCCCGACUUCUUAUUGUUUGGAAAACUCCUUGCAGAGUUGGAAAAUGGCGAAGAGAUCGAAGCAACGCAGUGCAAUAAACAUGGUGUCCCAAGUUUGUACCUCACAUUACUUGUUGGGAUACACGAGGGGCGUUUAUCAGCUCAUCCUUACUACUCCAAGGCCAUAAGUGCCUGUUUGUCCCUCUAUAAGCAGCCCGGUGAUCCCAACUUCACCAGAGAAAGAAUCCAAAAGACAAUAGUGUUAAAUCUUAACAAGGCACUUGCUUCUUGCGAAAGGCCGCCCUUACCUCAGGCCAAGAUACACACAUCUCAGGCGAGGGCUCAACCCGAGGUUAACAUCGAACAUCAAGAAUUAUCUACUUCACUUUCGUUUGAGCAUCAAAUGCCUAUCCUGCCAACAACCCCUUUGGAAAAUCAAACACAGGAGAUGUCUCAUUCACCUAAGGAACUACCGGAUAUCACUUGUGGUUCCAAAAGGACGAUUGCUAGUGCCCUUAAAUGGCAAAAUUCAGGUCCCAGCGGCCCCCUCCGCCGAAGUCCUAGGCUAAGGCAAUUGGCUUCCUCAAAGGCGACUUCAAGUACGCGGGAAUCACCAUCGUUGUCUACUCACCCUCGUGGCAGAGUUUCCAAGAUAAGGGGCUCCCGGACUCGUGGCACUAAGUCGAGCAAGUUAUCUAAAGCUUUGGAUCAUCUUGGCGGCAUACAGUUAUCUCAGCACAAGGUAGGCAAGUAUAGUAGUCUGGUGAGAUUAUUUGACGAGUCGUCCGAUUGUGUGGACUCAUCCAAACGAGAAAGCGCGGCAGAGUUUAUCCACUUUUACGAUAAUUUCAAAAGACAAUACGGAUACAUCCUUAACGCAUGCACUAGCGAGCUCCCCGAGUAUCGAAUCUCUGUGUGUAUCAUCGACACAGGUAUCGAUAAAACCCACCCUGCUAUUAAGGGAGCCUUCCGGCGUGGGUGCAUCAAGGAUUGCCGCAGCUGGGUAGGGAACGAGGAUGAUGUUCACGACAAUUACGGGCAUGGGACUCACGCUGCUCAUCUAAUACUAAAUGCAUCGGAAAAUAUAAACUUAUACAUAGCUAAGGUUGCGGAUGGUCUGGAUAUUGAGCCACACAACAUAAACAAGAUUGCGGAGGCAAUUCUCUAUGCUGUCACUGUGUGGGAUGUUGAUAUCCUAACGAUGUCUUUCGGUUUUCGGGAAUUAGAACCGAAUAUCAAAGCGGCAAUCGACGAGGCUUCACGACGUGGCAAGUUACUUUUUGCCUCCGCCUCUAACCACGGCAACAAUCAGCUGGGGAGGACGUAUCCAGCAAAACAUAGAAAUGUCAUCUCUAUCAGUGCCUCUACUGGGAAGGGAAAAGACGGGCAGAUCAGCCCAGGCCCUGAGGACAAUGACGAUAACUUCAUGACAUUAGGGAUCGCGGUUCCCCUUACAUGGAAGGGAAAAGGGGUUUAUAAAUCAGGUACUUCAUACGCAACCCCUAUUGCUGUUGGGUUCGCGAUCAAUGCGUUAGAGUUUGUAGGCGGAGCAAUGGGCCAAGAAGACUUCCAGCAGUUAAAGCAAAGUGAUGAGUUUAUGCGCCGCGUUUUCCGGCUCAUGAGCAACCGGGAUUCCUCUAGGUAUAGUUUUCUCGCGCCCUGGCUCUUGUGGGAUGGGAUGAGGACGCCAGAUUUCAUUUCUCACCUGCUAAACCAAGCAAUGUAUCACUAGCAUGAUACUUUUUUUUACGAGGGAAUACGGUGCGAUAGGGGAUGUCAAAUAUAUAUUUACAUAGUAGCCUUGGUAAUAAUGGCUAGAAAUACGUUACAAUAGCGAGAGCAAAUUCCAGCC